AUGGCAAAUUUCUUCGACAACAAGGCUCGUGCAGCCGCUGUCGCCGCAACCAAUGGAGCCUCUUCAUCCAAAUCCGCAGCCCCCAAAGAGUCCCAGAAUCUGCAACCUUGGGUGGAGAAGUACCGUCCAAAGAGUCUGAACGAUGUUACAGCCCAGGAUCACACAAUCACUGUUCUACAACGAACAUUACAAGCUUCCAAUUUACCCCACAUGCUGUUUUAUGGCCCUCCAGGAACAGGCAAAACGUCCACAAUUCUCGCCCUCGCAAAAGAGCUCUACGGCCCCGAAAUGUUCAGGACCCGCGUGCUUGAGCUCAAUGCCUCCGAUGAACGCGGUAUCUCAAUAGUGCGAGAAAAGGUUAAAGAUUUUGCCAGAAUGCAGCUCUCAAACCCACCUCCACAUUAUAAGGAUCGUUACCCGUGUCCGCCGUACAAGAUUAUCAUUCUGGACGAGGCAGAUAGCAUGACGCAAGACGCUCAGAGCGCGCUGAGAAGGACAAUGGAGACGUACAGUAAGAUCACAAGAUUCUGUUUGAUUUGCAAUUACGUCACAAGAAUCAUUGAUCCGUUGGCAAGUAGAUGCAGCAAGUUUCGUUUCAAGAUGCUCGAUCAAGGAAAUGCCAAGAAGAGGCUGGAAGACAUUGCUGAAAACGAGAACGUCAAAUUGGAGGAUGGCGCUGUCGACAAGCUGAUCAAAUGCAGCGAGGGAGAUCUUAGAAAGGCGAUCACUUUCCUCCAGAGUGCAGCAAGAUUAGUGGGCGCUGUGAAGACGUCGCAUUCGAGAUCGAAUGGAAACUCGAAGAAGAGAGUUCUUGAAGAUGAAGAUGACGAGGAUGAGGACGCCAUGGAGGUGGACGGAGUUGAUGAGUCAAUGGUCACCAUCAAGAAUAUCGAAGAAAUAGCUGGCGUCAUUCCGAACGACGUCAUUGACGGAUUGAUUCAAGCCAUGCAGCCAAGGUCGAAGGGAGCCGUGUACGAAGCUGUAGCUAAACAAGUAACGGACUUGGUGGCCGAUGGGUGGAGUGCUACGCAAGUCGUAGCGCAGCUCUACCAAAACGUCCUUUAUGACGAUGCACUGAGCAACAAACAGAAGAAUAAGAUCGUCAUGCAAUUCUCGGACGUCGAUAAGCGCCUCGUCGACGGCGCAGACGAACAUUUGACCGUAUUAGAUCUGGCUUUGCAGGUAUCUGGCGUUCUGGCAGAGACCUGA